AUGUCUUGUAUUGAUUAGAGCUUUGCACAAUUUUAACAAACAGCUUAGUUCUUUAAUCCAGAUAUUGGGAACAAUGGAACUUUGAGAAUGCCAUAGAAAAUAAAAAAAAGGGAAAUCUCGAUGCCUUCUUAUUACUUUGAUGACUUUAAGGGAUUUCUCAAGCAACCUAUUAAGAUAACCACCAAUAUCACAUAAAGACGCAAUACUCAUACGACAACAACUCAAGACAAUAGCCAAAUGACUCAAUCUAUUAAGUUACCAAAUAAAAGCUUGAAAUAAUUGACCUAAGCAAAUGCUUAAGACUAUUCAAAAAUACUCAGUAUUAUUAGUUAAUUCAAUAAUACUAAUAAACUGAAACAUGCAUAGAGUGCGAAUUCAAUGCAAUAUAAAUUGAUUAUCCCUUUAAAGGAGAAAUCAAUGAAUAUUACAAGGGAGAGCAGAACUAAUUCAAGAUGUAGUGUUGUAUCAGCUUAAGGGGAAAGAAAGCGUAGUAUAAAAGUAAAUGAUCCGUAUGGACUAAUUAAUAAUAAAAUAAUGAACAAAACAAAUUCGAAAUAAUUCUUAAAAUAAAAAGCUUAAGACAAAUUAGUAGACAAGUUAUUCUCAUAAAGAUCAGAUAGCGUUUAAUGA